AAAAGCCGUUCAGUUGCAGGCACAACAUUGAGGCGAAUGGCCAGAAACAGGUCAUAAACAAAGCCAAGAGAAUUCUUUAAAUAACCGUGAAACGUGACUUGUGACGAGGAGGACUCGUUUAAAUUUAUGAUGUUGCAAACAAUGCAUAAAUAUUUUAAUAACAAAAUAAAACUGCUGAUGCUGCUGUUUUUAAUAUUAAUAUUGACAUUAAAAUGGCAACAUGGUGUUUAUGGGACAUCAGCGGCAACAUAUGCUGCUAUCGAUGGUGUUGAGUUGAAUGCCAAUGGCACAGGAGGGGGGGAACAGGAGGAGAAGCCAAGAAAUGCCAAUACAAAAAGAUCCACCAUAUCUCAGAUGACCACUGCUGCUACCGAUGCUAUCAAGAAUGAAGAGAGAAAUAAUAAUUCUUUGAUUUAUGACAAUAUUAAUGAGAAUCUUAAUAAUAAAUUAUUGCAAAAUGUUGUUGUGGUCAAAGACAUUCAACAGCAGCGGCAGCAGCGGCGAAAUGAGCAAAGCACUCCCCAAGAAGAGCGGCAACAAAACCCCAAGAAUUUAUUAUCACCAACCGAGAAGCUUGAUGAUAUUGCUAUGGUCAAGGAUCAAUUAAAAGAGAACAAUAAUAAUGUCCAUGGGGAGCCAAAAAUCACCGUUGACUGCCAGGACAAUAUAAAUGACAUGGAAUGCUAUAGCAAUGUGGAAAAUGUCAUGAAUGAAAAUGAAAACAAAAAUGGCAUAAAUCAAAACACAAAAGCCAACGAAUCGAAAACACAGUUUCAGGCAAAAUUGAUACGUCAAUUUGCUUUGACGCACAAAAAAAUGAGUCGCAUCAAUUUGUUUACAUGUCAAGUGACAGGUAAUCAUAAUAGAGAUGGGAGUCCCAAGGAGUCAUAUAGGAAUCUUAUGGAACGUAAAAAAGAAACGGCGCAGUUAUUGGAUCAAUUGUUUACAGGAGGGAAAUCGCUUGAUAAAUUAGAAUCAGAUAAUAGAGGUCUAAUUUUGAAAAUAAUACAAAUUGAUCAUUUGAUACCGAAGAAGAGAACAGAUUCAGGUCCCGCUAAUCAAAGAGGCCGUUUUGAGAGAACAAAUACACGAAAUGUUGGAGGUCCCAAUUCACGCAACUCGUUAUCGAACACUAAUUGGUUGGAUCAAAUUUUACGUCCUGAAUAUUAUUCGCAACUUGUUGUCGUCGAUCUGGCAUGUGGUGAGGCAAGCCGUAAACUUUUGGAAAUGGCCUCCAAUAAAGCUCUUUUUAACUCCUUGUAUCACUGGCUGUUGAUGGAGGAUUAUACAUUUAAUGGACAAACUGGAAUCAAUGAUGCGGAUGAUGAUAUGAAAAACAAGAUGAACAGUGACAGCAAGACGGAAACGGGUACGGCAACGGGAACGAGGGCAAGAAACACAAACGACGAUGAUGAUGUUGCUGCUGCUGCUGGAGAUAUGGAGAAUAUUGAAAAUUUUCUGGAAAAACUCAACAUCAAUAUAAAUACCGAGUUAAUAUUGGCAAAGAGACGUGUGCGUAGCAUUACGCUAACAACACCAGUUGCAGAGGCAAAAGCAACAACAACAACCACUAUUGCUACUGAAUCAACAACUACGGCAACUGUUCCUGUUGCUGUAGCUGAUUCUGACACCACCUCGAAGAGUAAAUCUCAAUCUAUUGUCAUGCCGUCGGUGGUGGAAAAUAAUGAUGCCACCCCCUCCUCCACCCCUGCGGCUGGUGUAGACUAUGAAACACUUGAAAAGAUGGAUUACUACUACCUCCUCUACGAUGUUUGGAGUCCUGGACGUCAGUAUGGUGGCAAAUUAAAUACUUCAGAAAUUGGUGAAUUUUCUGCCAGUCAAGGUUUGGAAUUAGCCGAUUGGUACAAAGGAUCAUCGUUCAUAAUGCGCAGAUUAAAUAUGCACUUGGCUCGUAUACGCUGCCUGGUUGUGGUAACUCAUAAAAACGGUUCAAAUUCAUUGCAUGAAUAUUUAAUCAGUCACAUCGAUACCCAUUUGGAUUCAAUGAAUCGCUUUAAUUUCGCAUUAUUAUCACAUGUUCGAGAUUUAUUCAAUUUCAGUUUCGUUUUGUCCAAAACCGCCACCUGGGGUUACCUGAAGAAUGGCAAAUUUGAUGGCAUGAUUGGUGCAUUGGUCCGAAAGCAAGCGGAUAUUGGUGGAUCACCCAUAUUCUUUCGCAUUGAACGUGCCAAAGUGAUUGAUUAUACCACAAGAACUUGGGUGGCAAGACCUUGUUUCAUAUUUCGACAUCCACGCAGCACUAAAAAGGAUCGCAUUGUAUUUUUGCAACCCUUCUCGAAUGAUGUCUGGAUAUUGCUGGCUGGCUGUGGCGUGGCUACAAUUCUACUCUUGUGGCUACUGACAACACUGGAAACUGAUGGCAGACCAGUAUCAGCAGUCAUACCUACCAAAUCAUUCCCCCAUGGCAGUUUCAAAAAGCGUCUGGUUCGCUGGGGUGGUUUACUUUGUGGCUAUGACAUUAGAGAUGAUAAUUCGGCCACACAACGUGUGGGAAUGUUUUUGGAGUCGAUUUUGUUUUAUGUGGGUUCCAUAUGUCAGCAGGGUUUAACAUUCUCAACUCGCUCAUUUUCUGGUCGCUGUAUUGUAACAACUUCGUUGCUAUUUUCAUUUGCCAUUUAUCAGUUCUAUUCGGCCAGUAUUGUGGGCACAUUGCUAAUGGAGAAACCCAAGACCAUAAGGACUUUACGGGAUCUGAUACAUUCAUCUUUGGAAAUUGGCAUAGAGGAUAUUGUCUACAACAGGGAUUAUUUUUUGCGUACCAAAGACCCCGAUGCCCAGGAGUUGUAUGCCAAAAAGGUAACCAGCAUGCCGACAGCAGAUGGUACAGGGUUUGUGGAUGCCCCUCCCGAUAAUGUUGUUCUACCCACAUCCAUUAUUCCCAUGACUGAGGCCCAGAAGGCCAAGGCCUAUCGUGAUAUUUUACAUAGCCAUGAGACGGGUGCCCAUGCAAAGACCAAUGAGGCCUCCAAUUGGUAUGAACCCGAGUAUGGGGUGGCUAAAAUCAAAAAAGGACAUUUUGCCUUUCACGUUGAUGUUGCCACGGCCUAUAAAAUCAUGGCCGAUACAUUUACCGAAAAGGAAAUUUGCGAUUUAACGGAGAUCCAGCUAUUUCCACCCCAGAAAAUGGUUAGCAUUGUUCAGAAGGGUUCACCACUGCGUAAACCUAUAACAUAUGGCUUAAGACGUGUCACCGAGGUUGGUCUUAUGGAUUAUGAGCACAAAAUUUGGCAUUCCCCCAGACCACGUUGUGUCAAGCAAUUGCACACGGAUGAUCUACGGGUUGAUAUGCAAACAUUUACAUCUGCUCUUUUGGUUCUGAUGUUUGGUAUCUUGGUCAGUGGCCUUAUCUUAUCCCUGGAGAUUAUGCAUCAUCGAAUGUGGCAACAAUAUACAACUACAACAACAACAUUAACAAUGCCGAUAACAACAACACUAACAAGAACAACAACCGAAUAAAAUGAGGGAUUUCCUCUGUUCUUUCCAUUUCUUUUUUUUUCACAUUUACUUUCCGUUGAAAGUUUAACAAAGCCGUCGUUGCUGUUUCGUUGGAAAAACCGGGCGAUUUAUAUCCAUUUCAAAUAUGUUAAUCGUUUUUUGUUAUUCCCUUUUUUGUAAUAUUUGCUAAUGUUAUUCUCUUUGUUUGGUCGGUCGGUCGGCUUAUUUGUAAAUUUGUUUGUUGUAGAUGUUUUUUUUUUUUGUUUCCUCUUUGUUUUGUAAUAUUUUUAUUCAAUGCUAAGAAUCACUCAAUGUUUGUGGGCAUUUGUUAAAUAUUUAUGAAAAAAAAAAAUGGAAAGGGCUCUCAAUGGCUCUUAAACAAAUAAACUCUCAAUUAUGGACAAAUAUAGCACUAAACAUAAAUCAGUGGCGUAGAGGGACAGCAAUGG